UUGGAAGUUGAGAGUGAGGAAGAAGAUGAUAUUCUAAGUAUCAAUGUUAGAGAAAAGGUAUCAAAGAAGGUCAGUCUAAACUGUGAAUACAUUGAUAUAGUAUACACUUGGGUAAAUGGUUCAGAUCCUGAGUGGAGCAAACAGAGACAGAUUGCUGAAAAGAAAUAUGGAAUACCUUACCAAGGACCAUGGAGAUAUAGAGAUGUGAUGGGAUUGAGAUAUUCAAUGAGGAGUGUUAGGAAACAUCUACCAUGGGUCAGACAUAUAUUCGUUGUAUCCGCUGGACAGUAUCCAUCGUGGUACAAUCAAACAACUUUGUUUGAGGAAACUGGUGUAUCAUUCAUAUUCCAUGAUGAACUAUUUGUUAAUAAGAGUCAUUUACCAACAUUCCAAUCAUCAGCUAUUGAGUCCAACUUUUACAACCUUCCAGAGAGGGUAUCAGAUUGCUUCAUCUACAUGAAUGAUGAUAUAUUCUAUGGCAAUGAUGUACCAAUGGAUGAUUUAUACUCACCUGUUAAAGGACAACCAUUGUAUUAUACUGGAUGGCUGGCACCAGUUGACAUUGAGACUCAGAAGAAGAAUCCAUUCCAUGCUUGCCAUGCAUUCACCAAUGACCUGAUGAAUUCAAUAUGGGGCGUUGCAAGAAGGAAGUACUUCUCUCAUGGUCCAUCAUUGAUGAACAAGAGGAUGAUGAAGUUGAUCCAUGAUACCUUCCCAGCUGCUUUGAACAAUGACAGUAGUAUGCCAUUCAGACACAAUCAGAUGGUGUCAUGUCACUUCACCUACAUACACUUUGCCAAUAGAUUCGUUGUGUCCUACACUGGCGAUGAGAAGUUGAACUACUACGGAGAGAUCCGAGACUAUGUCGGUCACAUGGAGAAGUUAACGGCAGACAUCAUGGCUAAGCGUCCAAAGUUUGUUUGUCUCAACGAUGGACUGCCGCAACGAUUCAAUCAAUCGGCGGUCGACACUCUUGAGGUCAUGUUCGAGACGUUGUUCCCAGAGAAAGGAAGUUGGGAGUUA